AUGAUAUCUGGGCUUGCUAUGCACGGGCUUCCUGGCAUGGCACUCGAGCUCUUCUCCAUAAUGGCACAUGAAGGGUUUGCACGAGAUGACAUCAUCUUCGUCAGUUUACUAUCUGCUUGUAACCAUGGGGCUUUUGGGUUGAUCAGUACAAAGCUGGGGACUAUGAUAAAUAUAGUGAAGAAUCUGCGCGUUUGUGUAAACUGUCACUCUGCAACUAAGCUGAUUUCAAAGAUCUUUAAUAGAGGAAUCAUAGCUAGAGACAGAAAUCCGUCCCAUCAUUUCAGAGAUGGGCGGUGUUUGUGUAACGACUAUUGGUAA